AUGGCUAAUGCAUUCCUCUUCCUCUUACUCUUGAUAUUCUCUUCCAAUAUCAUAUUUGAAAACAUUCAUGCUUGCAACCAAAGCGAACGCAGUUCUCUGUUGUUCUUAGCUCUUACUCUGUCUACUCCUCAGUUGAAUUGGACUUCCGCUGAUUGUUGCAAUUGGGAAGGCAUUACUUGUACUCGAGAUGGUUGGGUCACUCAUUUGCAGUUACCCUCCAAAGGGCUCAAACUAAAAGGAGGUAUUUUCCCCUCAUCAUCGCUUGCAAAUCUCAUACAUCUCACUCACUUGAAUCUCUCCCACAAUUCACUCUCUGGUUCUCUAGAUCAAACUGAAUUCUUCUUGUCCUUGAAUUAUCUCGAAAUCCUAGAUUUGAGCUAUAACCUUCUUUUUGGAGUGUUACCAUCUUCUCUACCAUCCAGUCAUAUUCGGAUGGUGGAUCUUUCCAGCAAUCGUUUACAUGGUGCAGUUCCACCUUCUUUUUUCCAACAAUCUUGGAAUUUAACUAGUUUCAAUGUUAGUAACAACACCUUUUCAGGUCCUAUCCCAUCCUCUAUUUGUCGUCCUUCUUCUUCCUCGUUGCGACACCUUGAUUUUUCCUUCAAUAAUUUCAGUGGAAGCAUAUCUUCUGGAUUGGGAAAGUGUUCCAAACUGCAGGUGUUUCGUGCUGGUCACAAUUACUUGUCAGGAUCGCUUCCAGAAGAUACGUUUAAUUCUACCACUCUUGAAGAGAUUUCACUACCUCUGAAUUCAUUGAAUGGAUCAGCGAGUGAUGGAAUUGCCAAACUCACCAACCUCACAAUCCUUGACCUCUCCUAUAACCAAUUGAGUGCUGUGCUCCCACUCCAUCUUGGGAAGCUCUCAAAGUUGAAACACAUACUCCUUGAUCUCAACUAUCUGGAAGGUUCAUUGCCCCUAUCUCUGAUGAAUUGCACAAACCUCGUUGAACUACGUAUGGGAACCAACAACUUGGGAGGUGAUAUCUCCAUGCUCAAUUUUUCCAAACUCAGCCAACUUAGUAAACUUGAUUUGCGGAAAAAUAACUUCUCUGGUAUCUUGCCGAGAAGCAUCUACUCAUGCAAGUUCUUGAAAGCAAUUCGAGUGAGCUACAAUAAUCUAGAGGUUCAAAUACAGCCUGAAAUUCUUUCAUUGAAAUCCCUGUCCUUCCUCUCACUUAGUAUGAACAAACGUUUGACAAAUAUGAAAGAGGCAAUGAGGAUACUGAUGGGUUGCAAACGCCUUGCAGUCCUAUCAUUAGCAUCCAGUUUUUUAGGUGAGGAAAUGCCAAACGGUGUUGAAAUGGCGGCUUUUAAUGGAUUUCAAAAUCUUCUAAUUUUAGAUUUGAGUUUAUGUAACCUUAGUGGUAUAAUUCCUUCAUGGCUAUCGAAGCUGAAAAAGAAACUUCCAAAGGAAAUGUGGACACUCCCUAUGUUGGUAUCUGAAAAAGCUGCAGCUCAAGUAGAUCGUACUGCUAUUGAUCUGCCUAUGUUCUACCCCAGUGUUGAUCCCGCAAGACCUUUACAGUACAAUUACUUAUACCAUGCUGCAUCUAUAUCCCUACGAAACAAUAACCUACAUGGGAACAUUCCUUCUGAAAUUAGCCUAUCGCAGCUCCUCCAAACUUUGGAUCUUAGCAACAACAACUUCUCCGGUAACAUUCCAGACCAGAUAUCUAACCUAAAGGACAUGGAGAUGUUGGAUCUCUCCAUGAACCAUUUGUCUGGAAAAAUCCCGGCGUCCUUCACAAGUCUUCAUUUCCUAUCAAAAUUCAACGUCUCGUACAAUAAUCUUGAAGGGCCAAUACCAUCAAGCACUCAGCUCCAAAGUUUCGAUGCUUCUGUGUUUGAGGGGAAUCUGAAACUUUGUGGUGCCCCACUUCCAAAUAAGUGUCAGACAACCAAGGGCACUGAUGCACAUGAGAUGAACACCCAAGAUGCAGACAUGAAGGAGCAUCAAUUUCCAUGGUUUUAUGUUUCUGUUGCAUUUGGGUUCAUAAUAGGGUUUUGGGGAGUCUGUGGCCCUCUAGUGCUUAGGACGAAGUGGAGGUAUGCAUAUGACCACUUCCUAGACAAUGUACAAGACAAGCUCCGGGUAAUGAUUGCAACGCGCAUGGCCAGAGUGAAGAGAAGGUUUAUUAGAAGUUAG